AUGGAGAGCCCAAGAACGAAACCACCACCUCUGGUUGGGUGGAGGAGGAAAGCAAGCGGGAUCGUUCAUCGCAACGCGUGUACGCAGGCGGGUCUCGCGACGGAUAAAUUUACGAACACGGAACGGGACGUGGGUGUGCAGGCGUACUUCUUCCCCGACAUCCACGACAAAAUCGUGACGUCCAACCCUUGCAGGAAGGCGGAUCUCGAUGAUGUCCGGAACGAGAAGACGUUAGAGAGCGUCGUAAAGAUACAGAGGUUUUACAGGAAACAGAGAUCACAACGAGAACACGAUGCCCGCAGAGCUUAUCGCGCUCGGCGAACCGCGCUCGUCUCGUCGGAUGGCCGCGCUUCACCCCUCCUAGCCAAGGACACGACCGACGAAUUGGUGGCGAGCCACCCCUAUCGCAGCCAAGAUUUCGUGAUACUAAACCGCGCGUCGCCGAGCACGAGGGCCGACUUCGAGCUGUUGCACAAUCUGCUCGAUCGUUGGCGCGUCCACGAGACGAGGAGGGCGAGUGAGCUUCUGUACAAGUCGGCCAGGAUCGCCUACGGCGGUCUGAUCCUGUCCAAGGAGGUGGAGUUGCUGCGCGCGAUAGACUCGAUGAAAACGAAGGCGAUAUCCGAGAGAAGAAGGAAAUCUUAUAGAAAGUUUCUCGACGAGAUGUGCGAGCCCGUCGUUUGGAAAAGUAACCGCGGAGUACCGAUCUCCGUGGACACUGUCCUCGCGCAGAGGGCCAGAUCCUUUCGGGACACGUUCGAACGUUUGUCGAGGGAGAACUCGAACGUCGACGAGCGAUUGAACACGCUUGCCGUGUUGAGGAAGGACGUCGAGGCUCACACGUGCAAGGAAUCGGACGAGUUGGUGCGUUUGCUGGAUCAGGAGAUGUACUUUCUCACCCGCAGAGUGGAGGGGAGCAAGUUGAACUGGUUGAGGAGCUCGCUUAAGAUGGCCUUUCUGAGGCUGGCCAGGGAGUGUCUGAGAAAGGCGCAGCAGGAUUCGAUACGAGAUUGGUACCGAUCUUGUUGUAGAAAUUGCGGCAGAUUAUUGGAAAAAUUUCCGCGUCGCUCCUCCACGUGCGAGCAUUGUUUGCACGCGGGCCAACAACUCGUGCACUUCCAACCUUAUCGCAGGUUGCUUCGUGAUGUGAGACGGCAAGAAAUUAAAAUGGCUUGCUACGGCAGCCUUGCUUUCGCCGUCGACGCGAAGAUCGUUUACCAUUUGGUGAACGAGAUCUGGGACGGGAGAUCGGCGAUUUCCGGCAACGAUUGUUUGGAACAGUUGAAGUUGGUUAGAUUUAGAAAGGGGGACGAGUGGACACCGUGGAAUUCCCUUUUGCUAACUGGCAGGGAAGCCUCGUUGCAUCGAACGGUCGACGAUCUCGAGAAGUUUUACGGGGCGAUGAUGCUGCAAAAGUUUCGCGCCAAGAAUCUUCAGGCUAAACUUCGUUUCGAGUCUGUGACUGAAUUCAAGAGUCUUUGCGGGAGCAAACGUUAUUAAAGGAUUCCUCUUAUCGUUGUCAAGUUAAUUGAUUGACGAAUAGUCUUCUUAAAA